CAGUUCUCUGUAGCAUGAAAAGUUCAUAUACAAUAGCAGUAGCGUUAGGUGCUCUCAUCCAAAUUUAUUCCUUUCCCUUGUGCUGUGCCACGUAUGAACACUAUUGUAUAGAGUUUCAGGAUAAUAAUGUGUUUACCUCCUGCUAUGUUUUUCAGCAAAUUUAGUGAUAUUUUUGACGAAGAUCGUUUUAUCGAGACACUCAGACAACAUAUCACUAUCUAUGGAAAGAAUAGAGUGAAAUGGAAAAUGCCCGUGAAAGGAGCUGGAGAGGGAAGUUUCACCGACCUGGUCGAGUUAUCAAUCGUGAGGCAAACAGAAGGGAUGGAAAAUGCCCACUUACUCCUCUAAAGGUUGGUAUGAUGCUGCGAGGCAUGGGAUUUAACAAUACAACCUUCCUCUAUGUAGCUUCUGGGAAAAUACAGAAUGCUGCAAAAUACAUGGCUCCCCUUCGUCAGAUGUUCCCUCUUUUAGAGACCAAGGACACUCUUGCUUUGCCUGAAGAACUUGCUGAGUUUAAGGGGUACUCAUCUCGGUUAGCAGCAUUAGAUUACACUGUCUCUAUUCAGAGCGAGGUGUUUGUGACGACUCAAGGGGGGAACUUCCCUCACUUUCUGAUGGGGCACAGGCGUUACUUGCUAGGAGGGAAUGCAAAGACAAUAAAACCUGACAAACGGAAGGUGGUCUUAUCUUUUGAUGAUCCGAAUAUCAGGUGCAUGCAUAUAUACAUCAACAGGAAACACCAAAAUGUGGUUUUAAUGAUCAUCACUGUAGUUAUACCUCUCAAGGCAUGUUGUACACCUAUUCCAACAAAAAGAAAGGUCGGCCUAUGUUAUAAUAUCAAGAAGGCAAAAGACUGGCUGGAAAGGUACCUCUAUAUAUGUUGCGAUAGCACUUUUAUAGUCCAGGUAAAUAAAAGCACUUUCAUAAUUCUGCAUCGGGCUUGAACAUUCGUUUAUGCACAUAACCCAUCAG